UAGUCUGAGCCCCUUUUGUAAAAUGAAUAACAUUUCGUAGUAUUCACUUAAGAAAAAGGUCUGGACAGAAAAUGCCACAAACUCUGUGGUGGUCAUCUCUGAAAGUUUCACAUUAGGGGAAUUUGUAGCUUCCUUUGUGGUGGGAAGCCCAACCUACGUCAAAUCUGAACUCUGCCCCGGAAUUCCCCUUAAAAUGAGAACGCAGGCUAAAGUGAAAGCAGGUUGCACACAGCCUGUCUUCACAGAAAAACACGCUGCCGCCUGCCCCGGAGAGUGGCUUGUUUACUACAGAUACGUGAGUAGGAAGAGGACCCUGCCUCCCUCCGUGCGGCUGUGUGUCUGUGUCUGUGUGUGCAUGAGUAGCUGGGCUUCCCCAGGCUCCACGUGUGGGUGCCCUUCCACAGCUGUUGCUGCUCUUGUGUGCACACCCCUAGGUCUGUGAGCUUAACCGGGCUGCUGUUUGGAUAGUGUAGGUUGCCACCCAAGGGGAAGAAAAAAAGAGGGAAGAUAUGGGGAGAUAUGGGGUCUCAGGGCUCUUACAGGUGAGUUUAAGCCUAUGAACUGAGCUUCAGUUAAAAAAGAAAGAGAGAGAGAGAGAGAGAGAGAGAGAGAGAGAGAGAGAAGAGAGAGAGAGAGAAAGGAAAGAAAGAAAGAAAGAAAGAAAGAAAGAAAGAAAGAAAGAAAGAAAGAAAGAAAAGAAAGAAAAGAAAGAAAAGAAAGAAAAGAAAGAAAAGAAAGAAAAGGAAGAAAAGGAAGAAAGGAAGGAAGGAAAAGGACAAUAUUGGCUCUUGUAAUCGAAAGAUCAGACAGUGGCCGAAAACCAGGACUACAGGCUUUAUUAGAGGAGAAGGACCUGCCGGGCUGUCUGGCAAGGGGAGGACAGCAACUCGUGCAGAGCUGGAAGGUCUGGCACAUGGAGGACGACACAACAAGAUCCAAAGAGUCCGUCUCUCUCGCAGCCGUGGCCAACAUGGGGGAUGAGCUGGAGGAAGGCCGGACCCCGGGCAGCGACUUGAACCAUGCGGAGGACCGGAACGAUUUGAACGAAGCCACCCAGGAGCCCCUCUCAGGAAGUAGGACCCGGCAGGCCGCCCUGAGAGUGAGGCGCUUCCGCAGGGAGCACGCACAACUGCUCCGAUGGAUCUGCAUAGGCCUGCUCUGCACUGCGUUCGCGGCCUUCCUGUUGACUGCUUGCAUCCUGAAUUUCCAGAAGGCCCUGCCCCUGUUUGUCCUCACCUGUGUGGUCCUGGCCUUCUUGGCCUACGGCCUGUUGAAGAGGUGGCUGGGACCAAACAGGCUGAGGUGUGCCACGCCUUGGGGGCAUUCCCCCCGCAGGAGCCUCUGGUUUAAGAGGGGUAUAGCCCUCGCUGCUUUCCUGGCCCUGGUCCUGUGGCUGGCUCUGGACACCUCCCAGCGGCCUGAGCAGCUGGUGUCCUUUGCAGGAAUCUGCGUGUUCAUCGGCAUCCUCUUUGCCUGCUCAAAGCAUCACCGCGCAGUGUCUUGGCGGACCGUGUCCUGGGGUCUUGGGCUACAGUUUGUACUUGGCCUCUUUGUCAUCAGAACAGAACCUGGAUUUAUUGCAUUCCGGUGGCUGGGCGACCAGAUCCAGACCUUCCUGAGCUACACCACGGCCGGCUCCAAGUUCGUGUUUGGGGAAGCUCUGAUCAAGAAUGUCUUUGCCUUUCAGGUUCUGCCCAUCAUUGUCUUCUUCAGCUGCGUCAUGUCCAUUCUCUACUACCUGGGCCUCAUGCAGUGGCUGAUCCUGAAGAUUGCCUGGCUGAUGCAGGUCACCAUGCGCACCACCGCCCCUGAGACCCUGAGCGUGGCCGGAAACAUCUUUGUGAGCCAGACCGAGUCUCCUCUGCUGAUCCGGCCCUACUUGGAGGACAUGACGCUCUCUGAAAUCCACGUUGUCAUGACCGGAGGCUAUGCCACCAUUGCCGGCUCCCUGCUGGGUGCCUACAUCUCCUUUGGGAUCGACGCCGCCUCUUUGAUUGCUGCCUCUGUGAUGGCCGCGCCGUGCGCGUUGGCCCUUUCCAAGCUGGUCUACCCGGAGGUGGAGGAGUCCAGGUUCAGGAAACAGGAAGGAGUGCAGCUAAGCUCCGGAGAUGCUCAGAACAUCUUAGAAGCCGCCAGCAGCGGGGCCGCCAUCUCUGUGAACGUCAUUGCCAACAUUGUGGCCAACCUGAUCGCCUUCCUGGCCGUGCUGGACUUCAUCAACGCUACCUUCUCCUGGCUGGGGGACAUGGUGAACAUCCAGGGGCUCAGCUUCCAGCUCAUCUGCUCCUACAUCCUGCGGCCGGUGGCUUUCUUAAUGGGAGUGGCCUGGGAGGACUGCCCAGUGGUGUCCGAGCUGCUGGGGAUCAAGCUGUUUCUGAACGAGUUUGUGGCCUAUGAGAAGCUCUCCAAGUACAAGCACCGCCGCCUUGCUGGGGUUGAGGAGUGGAUCGGCGGCGAGAAGCAGUGGAUCUCCGUCCGAGCAGAAAUCCUCACCACAUACGCCCUGUGUGGAUUUGCCAACCUCAGCUCCAUUGGCAUCAUGCUGGGAGGCCUGGCCUCCAUGGUCCCCCAACGGAAGAGCGACUUCUCCCAGAUCGUGCUGCGGGCCCUCUUCACAGGGGCCUGUGUAUCCCUGAUGAACGCCUGUGUGGCAGGGAUCCUCUACGUGCCCAGGGAGGCCGAGGUCAACUGUACGAGCCUCCUGAACACGACCCUCAGCAGCACCAGCUUUGAUGUGUACCAGUGCUGCCGCAAGGCCUUUCAGAGCACCAGCCCGGAGUUCAGCCUGGACAACUGCUGCCGAUUUUACAACCACACAACCUGUCCAUAGUGGGGCAGCAUGCCUCGGUGCCUUCUGGGGGCUGUUCUUCCCCAGGAGGCAGCUGACCCCACCUUUCCCUCUCCAGGCCUGUCCUCGGGAAGCCCACUGGGAGGGGGCGGUGGCGUGAGUGGGCGGAGGCUGAGAGGGUGUGUAAGUGAAUGAAGGAUGCUCCUCACUCCUCA